CAACAGAUCAUAUUUUCUCGCUUGUUUUCCCAUGAUGCGUUGAGGUAUGCUCCACCGGAGAGAUAUCGAGUUCGGAGUCUCAAAGAUCUGAUUGCGAGGAUCGAAGCCAGUAUUGAAGAUUGGGACGCCCAUGUAAGCUGUCGUCCAACUGGAGUAACACAUGAUGGACCCCGUGCAAUGUCCGGACACUAUGUAAACUGACACUUGGCCUCAAGGAGGUUUCCGAAGAUCUUAUGAACGCCCUCGCCCAGUUCUUAGCUUCUCCUCUACCCCCCGAGUCGACGUCCGUCCAACGAAAGUCUUUCGUCACCUAUCAUCUCUCGCAUCUGUCUUGUAGUAGAGCCGAAGUCCCAGACGGCAUAGACUCCAUUCCCACGAUAACGUUACUCGAGUCACGGACGCUCAUAGCUGCCUCUGGGACAACUGGACUACGGACGUGGGAGGCAUGUCUCCAUCUCGGGCAGUAUCUUUGCACGAAUCCAGACAUUAUCAGAAAGAAACGUGUGCUAGAACUUGGCGCUGGGACGGGAUACCUGACCAUUCUUUGUGCCAAAUAUCUUGACGCCGCUCGAGUGAUUGCCUCGGACGGUUCCGAUGACGUGAUCAACAACCUCCCGGAAUCUUUCUUCCUUAAUGACCUGCAAAGGGACGAUGCAGUCAGCGUUAUGGACCUGAAAUGGGGCCAUGCAGUUGUCGGCUCCGAGGGUGAGCAAUGGAACGGUGGCGACGCGAUUGAUGUCAUCCUCGGGGCGGAUAUUACAUAUGACCAGCGGGCACAUUCGGCGCUCAUUGGAACAGUAGUCGAUCUGCUCUCUAUGUUUCCUGACGCAGAGGUCCUAAUAUCGGCGGCAGAGCGCAGCCAGGAGACGCACGCCUCGUUCCAAAUAAAGUGCCGACAAGCCGGCCUUGGUUUGUCUGACGUUGACUUUCCAGCUCCCCCGAAGGAGCUCCAGAUGGGACCGUUCUGUAGCGAUGCUGUGCCUCUGCGAAUAUGGAGGAUCUUCACGUCGCAAGUACAUGACUGUGUAAAUUAACAACGAUAUUGUGUGCAUUAGCCCCCUCGACGGGCUCGUUGCUAUCGGAUGCGUCCUGCACCAUCAGUGCGGAUCCAAUUCCUUCGAUUGCGUGGCAGGACGUAGCAAGGUCCGUGAGGAACUUGGCACGGAAGUUAACCGUAGCUACUAAGGCCCUGUAUUCUUGUUAGACACAUGGUAAGGGGAUGAUUUGUGGCGAAGUCAAUGAGGUAAGUG